UUUCCUGGGACUCUCCCCCCUCCUUCUACGAAAGAAUCCCUGUAAAGUGUACAGUGGGAUAACACAAUCUCUGGGAAAGCUUUGGUGAUGCAUGAGCCUCAUUCUGUUCCAGCAACAAUCUGUACGCUCAGAGCUGGGAAGGAACCAGGUCUUGCACCAAGCUGAGGCACCCGAUGCCCCAAACCACGGAAGAGAAGAAACCUGCUGUGCGGCAACGCAGCACCCAGCGCCAACACCCGGCGAAGGGCUUAAUCACUGCCAAAAGGGCGUUUUGGUCAGGGCCUCCAGAUGUCAGCGAGCAACUAUGCUGCAGAACAGGAUGUCGGAUUAAGGAGUCUCCAGUGAAACCCGUGCCGAGGCCAGGAAGGGAGGGUGCUGGGUGGUGCCGGGAGCCCGCAGCCGCUCGCUGGGCUCUGCCCCCCCCGGGCAACCCAUGCAGAGCUGCACACCCGGCAGAGCAGGGGCUGUGCUGCACCCUGACCCCAGCCCAGCUGCAGGAAGGAUCUCCCCGUGUUCGGGUUGGGAUGAGCGUGGUUUGGCUGUGCUGCAGAUGAUGGGCGGGCUGCUGCCUGUGCCCUGCGCAGCCUUAUCAGUGCUGGGAGUUAAUGUGUAACCUGCCCGUGUUUGGUUAGCACAGAAAAGCAAAGACGUGCUGGGAUAGACGUGGCCAGGACAAGGAUUUGGGCACCGGGGGACGUCGGACAUCCCGCCCACACUGCAGCCCGUGACAUGCCUGGGAAGGACCUGGGGCUGGGCAUGGCUGCCUGCAACUCAGACAGCUGUGACAGCAUGGUCAGCACAGCCUCCAACCACUCGCAGCGGAGCGAUAACAGCUAUGACUACUUAUCUGUGGAAGAGAAGGAGUGCUUGAUGUUCUUAGAAGAAACCAUUGGCUCACUGGAUGCAGAAGCAGAUAGUGGAGUUUCCACUGAUGAGACUGACUAUGCAGAGGCCUCCCGGCUGCCCAGGGCACGGCUGAAGAGAGACUCUGCUCCCCAAGAUCUGGAGAAGAGGGCUCCUCCUGGAAGCUCAGCUCAGCAGCAUGCAGCUGACCAGAAGGGCACUGAGGGCUCCUCUGGCUUCCCAAGCUCAGCUCCAGCAACGGCACCAAGCCCAGGCUAUCACAGCCUUCCUAGGAACAUCACUGCAGCAAAUGCACAAAGAGCAAACAGAGCUGAUGGCAAAACAGAUGCACGCACCAUGCAGGACUCGGUGCCACCGGGUAAAUCUCCACAGGAGAUGGGCAAGGAGGGCAGGCUUGGCCAAGCUAACAUGAGAAGAGAGGUGAGAUCCCUGAUCAUCCCACCUCCAGCUCCCUUCCAGGACAACCAGGAGAGCCAUGCAGAGCAGUCACAAAGCAAUGGCUCAGAUGCCAGAAAAGACAACACAGAGGAGAGUUGGACACGGCCCCGUCCAGCCCUGGGAAUGGCUGCUGUCCCCGGUCCCACAUCACUGCCACACCAAGAGAUGGGACAGGAGACUGCAGCGCUUCCUCAGAGCCAAGCAAAGCACCCAGCAGCACAGGAGGUCCCGCAGGACCCCGAAACCAAGCGUGGGCCUCCCACAGCCCCCAAACCACGAAAACUGCCACCAAACAUUAUCCUGAGAACCAGCAAAGCCAGCCCAGUGCCGCUCGGUGCGGAGCCUGGCCAGAAGGUGAAGGUACCACCACCAUCACCCGCCGGCUCUGCUGGAGACACUGCUGCAGAAAAGCAGCAUUCAGGGCAGCUCGACCCCAAGGAGAGGGAGAAGGCCCGGCGGGAGGCCCUGGAGAAGCUGGGGCUGCCACAGGACCUGCAGGAGCCCUGCGCCCGACCCGGCCCUGUGCCACCUCCCUGCAACCAGGGCCAGGCAGCACCGAGCACAGCCCCAGCGGGUCGGGCCAUGAACUUCAAAUCCAACACCCUGGAGCGCUCCGGUGUAGGGCUGGGCAGCUGCAUGGCCAAGGAGCCGGGCGUCAAGGGCAGCGGCUCGCUGGGCAAGAUGUCCUUCAUUGAGCGGCUGGCACCCAGCUUCCUGCGCAGCAGCAGACCGCGGCCCGCAUCCCUCAGGGCGGGGAAGGACUUUGCUGCACUGAAGGAGCCCACCGAGGUGGAGAAGAGCAGCAAGAGAAGGUCGAGCCCGCUGCCCAGCUUCCCCCGGCCGACCCGCUCCUGCGUCAGCGUGAAGAUUUCCCCCAAGGGUUCAACAGAGGAGCACCGGCGUGAGGCACUGAGGAAGCUUGGCCUGCUGAAGGAGUAGCGUUGGGCGAGAGCGAGGAGCACAGCCUGCAACCCUGCGUGGUUCUGCUGGAUGAGCACCUGCUGCUGGGACAGCUCGGGGGGCAAACGUGGGGCCUGCUGCUCGUGGAGCCGCUCAGGACAUCGUGCCUAAUAAAGUAGUGCCACUUGUAUAGGAUGUUUUGUACACGGCGAGAUAUGAGCUGUUUGAACAAGUCAGCAGCCAGUGUGUGGCUGGGGCAUGAUCUACAGAAUCAUUAAUGCAUUUAGGGGCUGUCAUGAAGGGGAAGCUGUGGGUUUGCUUUAAAAGGGGCUGCCUAUGGAUGAAGGCUCUCUGCAGAGAGAGACAAGGUUUUGGUCUCUGUGAUAUUUGUGAUGCUGGUGCUCGAUGGGGAUGGCAGGGUUCUGCUUACAGGAGG